AUGGCAACAGUCAAAUCCAUUGCCGUCAUAGGAGGCGGUCCAGCAGGUGUCAUUGCUGCAGAGGUUUUUAGCAAAAACUCGGCAAAGUAUCAUAAAGUUCGUGUUUUUGAAAAACGCGAUAGUGUUGGGGGAGUCUGGAACUACUCGGCAAAUAUGAAACAACCAACUUAUAUUCCAUUUGGUCCAGACCUGGAUCAUAUAGACCCAAUCCUCACUCCUCCUGAUGUUCUUCCAGCAAGAGUCAAAUCCACCCCAAUAGAACAAUGGCUCGGGUCUCCAGCAUAUGACGAUUUAAAAACAAACGUCACAAAUAAAGUCAUGUGUUUUUCGGACGCUCCGUUCUACCCAAAUGAGCCCUCAUUAAAACAACAACAAAAUUGCAUUUCAAAUAAUAACAAUGAUUUUCAUUAUGAUCGGUUUGUUCUUCAUUCAAAAGUUAAAAAAUAUCUAGAAGAAUAUUCAAAACCAGCAAGAGAGUUGGGUCUUUACGUUUUCAACACUUCAGUCGAAGAAGUCCAACUUAUUAGCAUCAAUCCUCCAAAAUACAGGUUAACACUCAGACAAUCCACUUCUUCACACCAACAAAAGACAGAUUACUGGUGGAGUGAAGACUUCGAUGCCAUUGUGGUUGCAUCAGGACAAUUCAAUGUACCUCUUUUACCUGAGAUCCCCGGUCUGCCCCAAUACUGGGCAAAACACCCUGAGCGAUGCAUCCAUUCAAAAUACUUUAAAAAUAACCUUAUGUAUAAAGACUCUGUCACAGUGGUUGUGGGCUGUGGCGUCAGUGGCAACGACAUUACGCUACGUGUGGCCAAGACAGCUCGCAAAAUAUACCAAAGUAAGCGCAACCCCAGCAGGUGGGAAAAAAUACCCGGCUACAAGUACCCAGAAGGUGUUAUUUUCAAGCCUGAGAUUGCAGAGAUUCUUUCUGAUGGCCGUGCUUUGUUUCAAGAUGGAACAAGCACGGAGUGUGCUCCAGACUACUUUAUCUUUGCGACAGGGUAUCAACAUGACUACAAGUUUUUGCGGAAAAACUUUCCUGGGAUUCUCACAGAAGACGACAAACUUGCAGAUGUUUUUCUGGGGACCUUUUCCAUGCGGUAUCCUAACAUGGCAUUUAUUGCAGGAGAACGAAUGGGAUCUUGGGCAGCAUUUCGUGCAUACGAAUAUCAAGCAUGUGCGAUUGACGGUGUGUUUUCGAGACGCACGCGGUUACCUAAUUAUGACUACAUGAUGCGCAAAAACAAAGAGUUGGAAGAUUUCUUGCAACGCGUUGAGACGAUGCCAUUUCAGUCAAUGUUGAUUGUUCGCAAACAAGCAGUUGAGUUUGCAAAGUUAGCUGGAGGCUUUAGCCGGGAUAAUGAUAAUGAUAAUGAUAAUAAUAAAACGAAAAAGAAAACGACUACAAGCAAAAAGAGUAGUUCUUCAUCGUCUGAACAACAAGUUAACAAAGCACCGAAAUGGACUCAUGAACUAGAUGUGGAGUUGCUUCAAAGUUCGUUUGAUUACUUAGUGGAGUGUGUAUUUGAAGGCGAGUAUCCUGACCAAGACAAGAUUAAUGAAAUUUGUCGGUUAUUAUCCGUGCCCAUGUUUUCACCUCAAGACGACGCGAUUUACGAUAAACAAUAA